AAAGUUGUAGAGAUAUACCAAAUUCAUCCACUGUUGCCUUAUUACAUCAUUGGUGAUUUUAAGUAAUUAGUGGUUGCUACAAUGCCACAUGUGCAAACAAACGUAUAUGUAUGUAUACAGAUCUGCUACGUACAUUUCAUGUAUCUACAGCCUUCUUAUUUCAUUUUACAACGCAAAAAGUUUCUCCCAUUCACCUGCUGACGCAUCCUCUAUAAUUGACCGCCUCCUUAGUAACUAUGACAUCAGACUGAGGCCCAGCUUUGGCGGUAAAAAGUUAGAUGUUGGAAUUGAGCUUGUGGUGGCCAGCUUUGAUACCAUAUCAGAGGUCAAUAUGGACUAUACGAUAACCAUUUACUUGAACCAGUACUGGACAGACGAGAGAUUGACUCACGAUAACCAGUCGUCUGCCUGUAUUACUCUAACUGGGGACUUCGCCGACAAAAUAUGGGUUCCAGAUACCUUUUUCGCCAAUGACAAGAACUCUUUUCUCCAUGAUGUGACAGAGAAAAACAAAAUGAUCCGCCUGUACGGUAAUGGAUCAGUUAUUUAUGGGAUGAGGUUUACCACAACCCUUGCCUGUAUGAUGGACUUGCGUAACUAUCCACUGGAUGAGCAAAAUUGCACUGUUGAAAUUGAAAGUUACGGUUACGAUAUGGCUGACCUGUAUCUUCACUGGAGAAGCGGACUUCAUUCUGUACACGGCAUUGAGGAAAUUGAACUUCCUCAGUUCUCCAUUGUAGACUUCAGAACUGUAGAGAAGAUCGAAAGUCUACUGACAGGAAAGUAUCCCCGUCUAUCCCUGAGUUUUAAACUUCAUCGGAACGUGGGUUACUUCAUCUUCCAGACGUAUCUCCCCUCAAUCCUCAUCGUUAUGUUGUCUUGGGUCUCGUUCUGGAUCAACCAUGAAGCCACUUCAGCAAGAGUAGCUCUAGGAAUCACCACAGUUCUUACCAUGACAACGAUCAGUAAUGGUGUGCGGUCGUCUUUGCCAAGGAUUUCCUAUGUGAAAGCCAUUGACAUUUACUUAGUGAUGUGUUUUGUGUUUGUGUUCGCGGCACUAUUGGAAUAUGCAGCUGUCAACUAUACAUACUGGGGAAAGAGGGCGAAAAAGAAAAGGCGAAUCAAGGAAGAAAGCGCUCGUCGGACAAGAUCACGAAAAGACGAUGCGAAAGACAAUGAAGCGCAAAAGAGGAAUGUAGACAAUUCCGAUAUGUCGCCAGUUAUUUCUCUCCGAAAUAUGAAAGAAACAAAGAUAGAGCUAGAAGCAGGAGACAUCCCCUCCAUUCCAAGAGCCUGUAUGUCACGUGGUUAUAUCCCCGAAUCCCUUGUUAGACGAAAACGGUCAUCAAGUUUGAAAAGAAAUCGUCUGCAAACUACACAAACAGCAUAUGAUCCAAGAAAGAACAAAUUUAAACUGAAUUUUCUUUCCAUUGAGGAUGUUAAUAACAUUGAUAGAUUUUCACGAUUGCUGUUUCCAGUGCUUUUUCUUCUUGUAAACAUUGUUUAUUGGGGAUUUUAUCUUGUGCUGUAA